AUGGACGCAACUGUUAAUACUCCACUUUGGUACCUGCAACUACAAGAUCUUGUACCCACUGAUUCUGGGAGAUACACUUGUAUAGUGUCCAAUUCAUAUGGAUCAAUAAAUCACACCUUUACACUUCAAGUUGUUGGUAAGUAUAGUUAAAUGUACCGUAGACGAUUCAUCAAGAAGCAAACUUCAGCAUUCAAAGCCAAUGAAGAACUUACUGCGAGACUCUGAAAGCCGUGAACACAACUUUUAUGGAAAAUUUUUAAUGAAAAUAAAAAUUAAAUGGCGAUAAUGAUGAUGCUGAUACUGCUACUAACAAAUCUACCAACAAUUAUGCUAUUAGAGGACGUUUGCCAUGUCUUCAUAGCCUCAUCUUGACUCGCUGUUGGUUUGGACAAUUUGAGAAAGUUAUGCAAACCCUUAACUGCGGUUCGGGUCUGCAGAAUAGUCGAAAAUUCUCCUUAUCCCCCGAGUGUUUAGAUGAGGCUAUGUAAAACGGGAAAAAGUCCUCAGCUGCUUCAAUGAAAUAUUUCUCAAAAAUAAUGAUAAUAAACGGGACGCAAUCGCGUUUACAUACUUAUCAACCAAAACCUAUCGACCAAAGAAGGCAUGCAUACUAUCCUAAAUAUUUCAUAACAACCAGUUCAAUUUUAAAUAAUAAUAAGCCAAGCCAAGGUGGAACACCUGAAGAAAUGUAAACCAUCUGAGUGGUGGAAAGAAGUGAAAAAGCUUAGCGGGCGUUCGCUUGCCUCCACGGCGCAAAGUGACACUUUGAAAUCGCUACAACAUCUACAUGAAGAUACUGACCAAAUUUGCCUAGCUAACAUCAUCAAUGAGGCUUUCUUAUUGCCAAUGCACUGCUUCACAUCGCUCCCUGCUGCUUUUCCGAGCACUACUUUCAGAAAACUCCCUUGUUGUGUCGGUUGAGUCAGUCCGCAAGAAACUAUCAAAGUUGAACCCGUGCAAAGUCAACGGUCCAGACAACAUCCCAGGAUGGUUGUGAAAGGAACACGCAGACAUUUUAGCUGGUCCGGUAUCUGACAUCUUGAACUACUCGUACCGUGAAGGACGCAUGCCAUCGUCAUGGAAGCACGCAUAUGUAGCCCCCGUGCCGAAGCAAAAGCCCAUCCGUGAAGUAAAUAAACACUUACGCCCUAUUUCACUAACCCCCAUUUUGUCAAAGAUGUCUGAAGCUUAUGUGGUUGACACCUACGUCAAACCUGCUGUGCUGGAGAGGAUUGAUCCUCAACAAUUUGGGGUCGUACCUAAAUCUUCUACUACGCGUGCGCUUAUCAGCAUGUUGCACUCCUGGUUGGAAUCGACUGACGGAAAUGAGGCUACUAUGAGAGCCGUACUGUUUGACUUUCGCAAAGCCUUUGACUAAAUUGAUCACCAUGUCCUAGCCCAAAAGCUCUCCUUGUAUGACUUUCCGGAAUCGAUCAUGCGCUGGAUCUUGGAUUUCCUAACGAAUAGAAGGCAAAGGGUGAAAUCGAGUUUUGGUUGUGUAUCGGAAUGGCGUGCUGUAUCAGCAGGAGUUCCUCAGGGGACUAAACUUGGCCCCUGGUUAUUUCUAAUAAUGAUUGAUGACCUAAGUGUGGCGAAUACGAACAUCUGGAAGUAUGUAGGUGAUACUACCCUCGCUGAGUGUGUGGAAAAGAACGGAACCAGUUUGAUGCAGUCACGCGUUGAUGAAUUUGUUACAGUCUCGUGCUGAUGGUUUCCAGUUGAAUGAAUCGAAGUACAAGGAACUUAGAAUAUCAUUCACAAAGUCAGAGAAUACUUUAGAGCCUGUUACUAUCAACAAUACGAACACUGAGGUUGUUCCAUCCGCUAAAUUACUUAAGUGGAAUGUGCACGUAGAAAUGAUAUGUUAGAAAGUCGCAGCGCGUCUCUACUUUCUUAGGCAAUUUAAAGCGCGCCAGCUAGUGACCUUCCAAGUUUCUACACCACUUGCAUACGCCCAGUUGCAGAGUAUGCAUGUCCAGUCUUUCAUACCACUCUACCACAAUAUCUGUCCGAUCAGUUAGAACGCCUGCAGAAGCGAGCACUACGCAUAAUAAGCACUAGUGAUUUAUCUUAUAAACAGGCUUUAGAAGUUUUUAACAUACGUACCUUGUAUGACAGGAGAGAGACGAUUGGUAACUCAAUGUUUCAAGAGAUAAGUAAUGACAACAAUCACAAGCUUUAUUCACUACUUCCGCCACCUUACCUUGGCACGUUGCGAACACGGAAAAAUCGCAAGUUCUAAGUCCCGCGUUUUAAAACCAAUCGUUUUAGAGACAGUUUUAUUGUAAACCAUUGCCGAUAGUACGUCCUUGUACAAUUCAUAUAUAUUAAUUGAUCUGAUUUCAAAUAAUUUUAGUUGUAUCUUAAUUAAUUUAGUGUUUACACAAUGAUAAGUUUUAUUAUUGUUAAAUUCUUAUGAAUUAACUUUCUUAAUUUAUCAUUAUAUAAUUUAUAGUUAUAAUUAAUUUACGUUUUACAUUUGGAGAAAUUAUCGUAAUUCAGCCCUCGGGCUGCGAGGGUAAUUUUAAUAAAACUAUUUAUCCUAAACCAUCUAUCUAUCUAUCUAUCCGAGCCUUCUUGCCGACACCCUUUCGACUUUUUUUCACGGAUUGUGGGUCCUACUCCUUUCGUAAAUUAGUAAAGCCGACUUUUCUUGUCAGUAAAGGCCUGUUAUACUUAUAAAAAUGAUAAAAAAAUUAAUAAAUGGCUGCAAGAGAAUGUAGUAUAGAAGUUUAUAAUCUCUUGAUGGUUGCUUGUAAAUAUGGAAUUUCUCUUCUCGUGUUCAACUCCAAAUCUCGUUCGUUCGCUGGCUCUCUCGUGAGAUAGCGAGUUGAACACUAGGAAUUAAUUUCCAUAUCUCCGCGUGCCCAUGAAUUGUUCUCUAAAUAAUAAACGAAAAGUGACGCGUCAUAUGUGCAAGUAAACAAUUUUAUGGAAAAAGGGUGAUUUGGUGAAACAUUAAAAAGACAAGAUGGCAUCCACCGUACAUCAACAAUUUUUCCCGUGCAAUUUACUACACAUAAGGACGCGUAAUUUUCCAGAUCUUGAAAUUCUUUAGCGUUUCAAAAUUUGUUUUCUGGCCUCCGAUUUGAACAUCAUGUGGUAAUCAUUUCAUAGCUUCAAGUAUCUUCAGUUCAAAGUUAUCUUCCCUUUUCUCAACAGCUAGACCGCGGUCAGCUCCGAUCCUAAAGACAGCUCUGCCAAAGAACAAAACAGUGCAGGUUGGAGAUAAUGCAACAUUUACCUGUAUUGUUCUUGUUAGUGGAACUCUCCCGGAUUUCAGAUGGCUUAAAUGGAACAAAUCCGUCAAUUCUAUUCCGAAAACUUACAAUGAAAUUUUAAAUGGAUCAUAUCGCCUUAUAGACCCAUACUAUUACAAGACCGUUCAAGUAAAAAGUAAUUAUGGUGUUGAGGUGAAUAUUGUAAAUGUGACUGAGGACGAUUUUGGACUCUACACUUGCUUUGUGAGCAAUCAUAUCGGCAACGACUCCAGUAGUGCAUUCCUCAUCAAAAAUGUGAAACCCACGGUUCCUGUGACAGGUCAGUAUCUGUUAAAAACAAGGCGCAGCAAAUUUUUUCCCAUCCGCACCUAGUCGAGCGACUGCCCUUUUAAAAGUAAUGCGUUUUGAAUACUCGCUGUAUGGUAUACUUCUAUGGUAUAGAGAAUAUUCUUACUCGAUCAAACUUAAAGAUUUAAAGCGUUAACUCAGAAUUCUCCAAACAGAAUUCUACUAACUCACACUUGCUUUGUGAGCAAUCACCUCGACAACAAUUUCAGGAGUGCAUCAAAUAAUUGACCGCUACUUUGGUUCAUUUGCAUGCAAUUCUCCCUUUAACGUACAAUAAUUAAUCGACAAGCACUGUCCUCAGUCAAUGGGUACAUUGAUUUUUCCUUUUUACUGAUAUUUAUUCGUUUACACAGGAUAUUUAAACUGUAGCUUCAGUUAUAACUAUUCACAGUAAACCGCUGUUUUGUUGACAGUUUAUUGCACACUGAAACAAAAGCGUGGAUAUUAGGGAAAGGAAAACUUCACAAAAGAUAUAAGCGCUUUUACAUAACUAAGCAAAAUAGAAGCAUUCUAUCGAGUAAUCUCACAUAUUUAGAGCCCUCGCAGUGUUAAUCUACAUUCUUCUAAGCUUACCACAGUAUUCGUUCAUUUUUAUAAAAUUUCUUUGUUCACGUUUUAGCAGCUGUACAUUUUUCCAAACGCAUAAAUGAGAUUAAGAAACAUGCAUAUUAGUUAUAUUAAUUCAGAAUAUACUGUAUUACGAAAAAAAAGGUCUAGCGUGCACAGUAUAAAUCAUAAACUUAAGCUACUUUGUGCUUCGCUUAAAAUAGGUCAGUAAUAUCUGUAUUUUUGGUUUUACUUUAACAGGAGCACCAGUAUUUACUGAUCCAAACUUGCGAAAGAGAUCAUUCAGGGCAUGGCCGGCAUUACACUCCAUAAGACUGAAAUGUCAAGCCAUUGGUGCACCACCGCUCAAAUACAAAUGGCUAAAGGACGGAAAGGACUUUAAAAAAUAUAUUAUGGAUGCAACUGUUAAUACUUCACUUUGGUACCUGAAACUGCGAGAUCUUAUACCCGCUGAUUCUGGGAGAUACACUUGUAUAGUGUCCAAUUCAUAUGGAUCAAUAAAUCACACCUUUACACUUCGAGUUGUUGGUAAGUAUAGUUAAAUAUACCGUAGACGAUUCAUCAAGAAGCAAACCUAAACAUUCAAACUCAGUGAAGAACUUUUUACAAGACUCUGAAAUCCGUGAACAAUACUUUUCUGGAAAUGUUUUAAUUAAAAUAUAAAAAUUAAAUGGCAAUAAUGAUAGUACUGAUACUAGUACUUCUGAGUCUUACCACAAUCAUGCUAAUGGAGGACGUUUGCCAUGUCUUCAUAGCCUCAUCUUGACUCGCUGUUGGUUUGGACAAUUUGAGAAAGUUAUGCAAACCCUUAACUGCGUUUCGGGUCUGCAGAACAGUCGAAAAUUCUCCUUAUCCCCCGAGUGUUUAGAUGAGGCUAUGUAAAACGGGAAAAAGUCCUCAGCUGCUUCUAUAAAAUAUUUCUCAAAUAACAAUAAACGGGACGCAGUUAUGUUUACUUUGUGUUUACGUACCUAUCAACCAAAACCUAUCGACCAAAGAGAGCAUGCUUACUAUCCUGAAUAUUCCAUAACAAUUCAAUUUUUUAAUAAUACAAACAAUAAGUUCUUAUUAUACAUACUGCAGUGUUUUAUAAGGAUUCCAACUAUGAGAAAAGCCGUAUUAUGCCUGCUAAAAACACUGAAAAAUUCGUAUCGCUUAUGGAAAGUGGCGUUCAAAAAUUUGCUACACGGGCGGAAGAGAACCAAAAUACGAAAAGAACAACCGAAGGUUUCGUUCCUGGCUUUGGUAAUUAUAUUUCUCGCGGCUGAGAACGAAAAUUGACAACUGGAAAUUUGUCACAAGCCGAUUUUGGCCGUGUACCUGAAAAUAUUUUGUCUGGCGGUGAGGAUAAAGUCAAUAGCUGAGAACUCUGUGUAUUGAAAGUUAAGUCCAUUGUUUGUUUUUGUAACUGGGAUUCCAAAUUUUUUUUUCAUCUUAAUCCUUAUUGCCGACGCACUUUCUAAUCUCUUGAUGGUUGCUUGUAGAUAUGGAAUUUCUCUUCUCGUGUUCAACUCCAAAUCUCGAACAUAAAUUCCAUAUACACACGCGCCCAUGGAUUAUUCUCCAAAUAACAAACGAACAGCGAUGCGUCAUAUGUGCAAGUACACAAUUACAUGACAACAGCAUAAUUUAGCGAAACAUUAGUGAAAAAAAGAAAGCAUCCACCGUAAUAUCAACAAUUUUACCCGUGCAAUUUACCACACAUAAGGACGCGUAAUUUUCCAGAUCUCGAAAUUUUUUAGCGUUUCAAAAUUUGUUUUCUGGCUUCUGAUUUGUACAUCAUGUAGCGAUCUUUUCAUAACUUCAAGUAUCUUCAGUUCAAAGUUAUCUUCCCUUUUCUCAACAGCUAUACCUCAGUCAGCUCCGAUCCUACAGACAGCUCUGCCAAAGAACAAAACUGUGCAAGUUGGAGAUAAUGCAACAUUUACUUGUAUUAAUCUUGUUAGUGGAUCUCUCCCGGAUUUCAGAUGGCUUAAAUGGAACAAAUCCGUCAAUUCUAUUCCGAAAACUUACAAUGAAAUUUUAAAUGGAUCAUAUCGCCUUAUAGACCCAUACUAUUACAAGAUCGUUCGAGUAAAAAAUAAUUAUGGUGUUGAGGUGAAUAUUGUAAAUGUGACUGAGGACGAUUUUGGACUCUACACUUGCUUUGUGAGCAAUUAUAUCGGCAACGACUCCAGUAGUGCAUUCCUCAUCAAAAAUGUGAAACCCACGGUUCCUGUGACAGGUCAGUAUCUGUUUAAAACAAGGCGCAGCAAAUUUUUUCCCAUCCGCACCUAGUCGAGCGACUGCCCUUUUAAGAGUAAUGCAUUUUGCAGA